AUGCUAGCUUCUGAACUUCCUUAUGAUAUUCUUUCUCUCAUUGCUCAGAGAUUAUCUUGCGAAGAUGCUCGUGUGUGUUCAGUCGUCUCUAAAUCCUGGACACUUGUAUUUAGGGAACAAGCGUUCAAGACUUUAGCUGUGUUUAGUGACACCAAGUUCAAAAGAAUACUCAAUGCAUAUGCUUGUGAAGAAUACGAAUAUCUAACUACAAAUCAAAAAGAUCCCAGAUAUAAACAUCAAAGUCAAAAUCAAAAUCAAAAUCACACUUACUAUCCGCUUGUCCAGAAUUUAGAAAUAAAACAUUUUGAAACGAAUGACCGUCAGAAUCGUACGUUGCAGCACUAUUUUCAGAAUCUUAGGCGGAUUUCUGUAGCUUGGAAUAUCUCAAGAGUCACCAGAACUUCUAGGGAAACGACUCGCUGGGACCUUUGGGGGUCAUUGGAAAUAAUCGACUUGCGUGUCCCUCGUAUCAGAGAAUCAGAUGAUUUGGAUUACGUUCUUAAAACACUCGGAGCCCUUCCCCACCUUUGGAGCUUUACAUUUGAAUGCGAUGAAAUAUACACAGCGGUCGGGUGGCGGACAAUUGAAGACUUAAACAGGCAUCUUCCAGGUCUGAAACACAUGAAUAUAUGUCUCAUGCUUGACGAAAUACCUCUGCAAGACUUAUUGUGCAUAGAACAAACAGUACCUUCCACGAAAAUGACAAGUGUAGGAAUUACGAUUAAUCAAUCUGGUCCUCAAUGGUUCUUGUAUCUUUCCUACAAGUAUCCUAACCUAAAACACUUGGAUUGGCGUGAUUCGUCUGAUUAUUCCAAAAUGUACCAUGACUGGAAAACAGUGGCGCCAAACCUUAUGUCAAUCAGUUCCAAUUUAUCCCAGCUACAGUACUUUAACAUAAAAACUUGCGGAACACAUUCAAAUUCGUUUCACUGUAACUUUUGGGACGUAUUUCAUUAUUUCGGACUACCAGUGAAGAAACUUGUCCUUGAUGCAGCUUGGGACUGCAAACUGCGUGCGGAACCAGAAGAUGUUCUAGCUAAAUGUAUGCGGGCUUGUUCGGCUACUGUUGAGUCGAUCACCUAUAGCUACAACUAUGAUAGACAUGAAACCAGAAUGAGACCAGUGUGCUUCAAUAUAUGUCCACGUCUUGUUACAAUGUUUUUAGAGUUAAGAGAGAGUGCCUUUACACUUGAUUCGCUCUUGGAUAACUGUCCGGCAUUGAAAGACUUACAGUUGACCUGCAAGCUGCUUUUACCCGGAGAAAGCCUAACAUCCAGUUCCAGGGACUGUUUACCACCAGCUCACGGUUUACAAGCAAUCACGCUUAAUAGAGUAAAAACUACUACAAAAUUGCUCAACUAUGUGUCUCGACGGUGCCGCCAGCUUCACACCAUGAAACUGAUCCAAACAAAUAUCCGGGGUCCUAUUUCUCAGACAUCAGGUCAACUGGAUAUCGACAUGCCUCACACACACUUCAAGCUCUUGAAAAUAGUGUCGCCGGUAUUUUAUUCGUACAAAGAAGAGUAUGAUUAUGAUAACAUGGAUGAAUGCGCAACACACCCAGUAAAGUUUCUAGGAAUAGAACAGACAGACUCGCCCGAUCUGUAUACUCAGCUUGAUGUUUCGUGCCCAUUAGUACCAACAAAAAGAUCUCUGGUUCUAUUCAGUAGAGAGCUUAAAUAUAUGGUUAUGAAAACUACUUCAAUAGUACUCUCAACUGAUGAAGCACAGCAUGCCUUUGAUUACUUCCAAUCGUUUUCUUAUAGGAAAGAUUCUGCUCACAACACCUCAGUCCAUAGUCUCAAUACGUAUGAGUUGACGGAAAAAUCUUUCUGGAAAGUAUUCCUCUUUAACGGGUACUUUUUGUUGCGUUGCAAACGCAUUGAUUACAGUGUAUUUAAAUAA